GAGUUAUUCCUCGGUCGCGUCGGAUCCUCCUGACAAAGUGGCACAACGUGGGCGGCGCGUCGACGAGGCGAUGUAAACCAGCGCAGCGGCUGCACGCAGGAGUCGGAGGCUGGAUACGAAGCGGUGGCGCACGGCGGCGUAGCUCGGGGCGACCUGCGGAGUGAACCAUGCGUGCGAGAGGAGUUCUGGUCCGGGGCCAGCUCUGAAGGGUACGGCGGUGCCCGUCUGAUGGCGCGCGGUGGAUUCAGGUUUCCAGCCCUGUAACACAAACUGACGGAGCGACUUCAUCUGAGUGCCCCCCCCCCCCACCGUUCACGACGAGAUAACCCGGCCGAGCGGAGGGCACAGUUCAUCACCCGCAGGCCGGCGGAGACGUCGCUGCUCCCGGGCUUUCCGUCAGAUGAUCGUGACGGAACGUAGCCUCUGACAGCCCUGUCAUCUGGACAGCUCGUGUGCAGACCGACUGGUUUCUCUCUCUGGCUACGCGCCUCCGCUGUUGACAUUUCCAGCAGCAGCAGCAGCAGCAGCAGCAGCAACAACGACAGCACAUCUUUGGCACCAUCGCGACUUUUCUUGGCACAAUUAAACUCAAAGGAUCGUCGCGGUGGAGUGAGCUCAAGCGCAGGGAGGUGGAUUUAGAAAAAAAAAGAGAGUGGAAGAAAGAAAAAAAGAUUUCCUCAGGUCGAUAGAAGACAGUUAAUGACACGCAUGAAAAAUGGUGUGAAAGAUAAAGGUCUGGAAAUGCGUCGCGAUUGCUUCUUUCUGCUUGAGGUGUGCGCCAUCAUGAGCCUUCUGCCGUCAGCCUCUUUAGCAGAUUUGACAUGUGAAGCUCUGCUCAUGCUGUCAGGGAACUUCUCACUACAGUCCCUGGCCGCCUCCUGGAACCAAACCCUGAUCAACGCCACAGGUCAGUGGAGCGGCCCGGGACUCUACUGUGACACAUCCAUCGAUGGCAUUGGCACCUGCUGGCCCAGGAGCAGCGCCGGCCAGAUGGUGUCACGGCCCUGUCCGGAGAUGUUCUACGGUGUCAGAUACAACACCACCAAUAAUGUUUAUAGGAAAUGUCUUGCAAAUGGGACGUGGGCGUUGAAGGGGAACUACUCCAUGUGUAAGGCCAUACUUCACGAGGAGAAGAAAGGCAAGAUGCACUAUCAAAUAGCUGUGAUCAUUAACUUCCUGGGUCACUGCAUCUCAAUGGUGGCUCUGCUCAUAGCCUUCUUCCUCUUCUUGUGUUUGAGGAGCAUCCGCUGCCUGAGAAACAUCAUCCACUGGAACCUCAUCACCGCCUUCAUCCUGAGGAACGCCACCUGGUUCAUCGUCCAAAUGACCAUGAGCCCCGAGGUGCACGAGAGCAACGUGGUGUGGUGUCGCCUGGUCACCGCCUCCUUCAACUACUUCCACUCCACCAACUUCUUUUGGAUGUUCGGCGAGGGCUGCUACCUCCACACCGCCAUCGUCCUCACCUACUCCACCGACAAGCUGCGCAAGUGGAUGUUCAUCUGCAUCGGCUGGUGUAUACCAUUCCCUAUAAUAGUGGCCUGGGCCAUUGGGAAGCUCUACUACGACAAUGAGAAGUGCUGGUUUGGGAAGCGAGCUGGCGUAUACACAGAUUACAUCUACCAAGGUCCCAUGAUUCUUGUCUUAGUGAUCAAUUUCAUUUUCCUCUUCAACAUCGUGAGAAUCCUGAUGACCAAGCUGCGAGCCUCGACCACAUCGGAGACGAUCCAGUACAGGAAAGCUGUGAAGGCUACGCUGGUACUCCUCCCUCUCCUUGGAAUCACCUAUAUGCUGUUUUUUGUCAACCCCGGGGAAGAUGAGGUCUCUCAAAUCGUCUUCAUAUAUUUCAACUCAUUUUUGGAAUCCUUCCAGGGCUUCUUUGUGUCCGUUUUUUACUGCUUCCUAAACAGUGAGGUGCGCUCGGCUGUGAGGAAGCGGUUCCACCGAUGGCAGGAGCAGCACUCCAUCCGGGCCAGGAUGACCCAGGCCAUGUCCAUCCCCACUUCACCUUCACGGGUCAGCUUUCACAGCAUCAAGCAGUCCACGUCGCUAUGAGAGAGGAGGAUCCUCCAUUUUCCGCCACAUCGCUGGAGGACAUUAAAACGCUUUCUGAGCUGGGGCGAGGCGAGACUGCAUCAGUCUCCCAAACCUCAGGAGGGACAUUAUACACGAGACCUUCAGGAGAAAAUGGAUGCGGACGGGGAGUAAGGACACUGCAGACUUUAUGAAAUGAGAGGUUGGUGGAUCAAAAGAUGAGUUUGGAGUUUGGAUGUGAAUGUACAGCACUUCAUCGUCCGUCACCUUUGCCUGCCAUAGAAACUCUCUGUCGUAUUCCUGCUCGCGCCGUCUUACGUCAGUGAGAACUUGGAUCUCGUGCCACUGGACUACACCGAACUGGAUUCCACCCCAGCGGCCACUGGACUCGAGCGCUUCAGUGACUUAAGUUAUUGGAAAUGUCUUUCAAAUUUUAUUUUCUCUCUUUAUUUGUGAUUUUGUCGUCACAAACAGUAGUCGGAUCACAGUGUUUGUGUUAGCUCGGUGUUGUGCCGUCCUCCUCCGUGCUCAGUCAGCUCGGUGCAGCCGCGCUGCUUCCGUCAGCUUUCCAGAAGGGUUGAACACAUUCCAUUCCUUUCUACCUGGAGACUUUCGCUCCAAAAUGAUACGUCUACCCCCCAAAUGCAUUUGUGGCAUUCGCUGCUGUCAUUACAGUCGAGCACAUAAUGGGUCAGUAAUUUGUUUCCCUAUUUGGGAAUUUACACGAGAAGACAGAUACAACUCUCAUGUCUGCGUGUUGGGAAUGGAGCUAGAGACCGGAGGCACCCGGACACUCGCCUCCCGGCUCCAGACGUAACGUGGAAACCCGUGAGAGCGUUUCCAAUCUCUUCAGAAAGUAAGCCAGGAAGUGUAUUUUUCAAAACGUUGAACACGUUCCCUUCAGACACCUCCUCAUCAAAUCAUCAUUUUCUGUGGACAUGCUUCUCACAUAUGACCUGCUCUGGUCUCCACCAGCUCCUGAGGGAAAUCCCUGGCUCUUUAGCAGCUAAAUGCUCCACUAUGUUCACCAGCUGGUCUCCGACUGUUCCUGGCUGCUGGUUGAUCAUGAGCACAUGAGCAGGUAGUGGAUGGUGCGGUCCUUAAAAAUUUUUUUUUUUUAACUGAAAACCGCUGCCUGCUGCACCUGCAACUGAUGCUGAUGAGAGCAGUGAGACGAAAGACGAUGAAGAAGAAGAAAAAAAAAAAAAAUGAAAAAGGUCAGUAGAGCUGAGGAGAAGUGCAGAAUCAGGUGAUAAUGCUCUAUGAGUGACACCUUUCACAUUUGAGUUCCACUGACUAGCUUUUUCUUCAGGGUUGUACAUGUGUUGGUCAGUCAUAACAUAAGAUAUAUAAAGAAAGAAGAUGUGUGGAAGCUGCAGAAAAUGCUAGUGAAGAGAACCGGGAGUCGAGAUGAUUUUGAUCCAACUUCUACAGUAUUUACUUUCACAUUCAUGGAUGUAUAUUAUCAGGAACAAACCUCUCAGCUAAAUAAAGAGACUUACUCUUGUUGCCUCUCCACCAGCAAACCAGAUCCAGAGGAUCAUCAGCUGAGGCGGAGAAAUCCAGCCGGGAAGCCGUUGAUUCUCGUGUCUGCCAAGUGACUUUCUAGUGGCGUUCGGUCGACUUGAGGCAUGAGAUUCGAGCUGCGCGGUAACUUUGUUUACUGAUGUAAUGUAAAUAUAAAUUCUAGAGCGGGCUGUUAAAAUCCAGUGGAUUCGUCACAAAUGUAAACCAAAAAUAAAAAAAAGGAAUAAACAAGACAAAUCACACACUGUAAAUCAUAUGGGCACAUUAUCCAUGUGAUCAGCAACUCACAGUCCACAUUCCUACUAUACCAGUUUGCCUAGCACCUGUGCUUUUUUAUGAACUGCUAUUUUUGUCAAAUUGUAUAUGGACCUCAAAUUUUUGUCGCUCGGAAAUCACGUCUCUUUGUUUUUGGUUUUGUUAUUUUGUUUGUUUUUUUUCUUGUUUUGUUUUUCUCUUCUUCUUUUUUUUGUGUGUUUUUUUUGUUUUCUAUCCCUUUCAGGUGAUGUUUGAGCUCUGGUUGUGAUAAAAUGUCCGAUUAUUUGAGACAACAUCAUUUCACAUGCCACCGUGACGUGUGUUAUUCUGAUGUUACUCAUCUAUUGUAACUUAGCAUCCUGUGUAGCUGCUUCCAGAGUGAUUGGCGGUUUUCUCUUUGUGCUCAAAUGAAAGAAAACGCUAGUUGUCAUGCACCUUUUUUUGCCAUGUAAAGAAAGUUUCCCGACAAGAAAAGUUCAUGUAAUGUCAGUUUUUGUUUUUUUUAUUUUAUUUCAUUUUUUUAAUGCAGCAACCAAAAGUUAAAUGUCAGCAGAAAUACGUUGGUGACAUGUUUGUCAUUCCAGCACAGUAAAAAGCAUUUGGUCAAACAAAGAGAAACAGUCAUUGCAGCACUGAUUUCUCUGUAAUUCAGUGGUAUAUGUGGUGGUCAAUCAAAGUCACAGUGUAAUUCACAAUAUUAUUUAUUGUUAUUUAUUUCCAAUAUUGUUAUUUUCAUACUUGAAAAAAGAUGUCAAGAGAUA